ACACACACACAUAUAACCUAAAGACAUUCAUAAGUCCAGUCAUUUCCUCGGACAGCGUGCACUAUUGCAUUCUAAUUACGCCAAUCACAGCAGAGUUCAAUUGUAUAUAUGUGUGUGAUCGUCACCGACUGUUUCAUUCAUUCUUGUCAUUAUUAAUAAGACUUGAAUUCUAGAAAUCAUAACCAUAUAAAUCAUCCUUAUUAAAUUAUCUGUGAUAAGUGUGAUAGUUAUUUGUGUUGUUUUUUUUAAAUUUAAAUAUACGCGAAGUUUGUUCUUUAACACUUUGUUCAGCACUAGAGGACUUUGGAACUUGUGAGUGUCUGAAGGAUGUUCUAAACCACGUCCUAUGAUAUAUUUAUUGAAAAGUCUAUUCCACUUCUAAAUAAAACUCAAAAUGAAUAUAUUAUUUAUGACGGUUGUGCUCUCUUUAAUGACACGUCUGGAUGCUAUGUUGGCCAAUAUAGGACUGGCUGUGCCUGCAAGAAACCGAUGUCCAAAAGUGGAAUACAAACGUGUUAGUUGCUUGGAAACGUCGAGCAAUGGGAAUAAUACAAGAAAUGGAAAUGGAAUGGCGAUGAAAGUGACACGCCGAGUAUACAGGUGGAAACAGUUUGUCACAUGGGAAUGCUGUCCCGGUUUCCAUGGGGAAAACUGCCAGGAAACUUGUUUCUCGUGCGCUACACUAACCAGUUUCAACGACCGCUUGUCCCUGGCUGAAAAGGUCAUCACUGAGCUGAGUCUGUUCAAUGACGGGGCGCUGGAAACUACAAGGGCACCCAAGUUUGCCCCACUUACUGCCAAGUGUGAGUGUGAAAGAGGACCACCUGGACCACAAGGGCCUGCAGGUCCGACAGGAAAGAUGGGACCAUCUGGUCCUCAAGGCCCUCCAGGGCGAUCCAUACAAGGCUCGCCAGGAAUACCAGGCCAACCAGGACCCCCGGGCAAAAUGGGGCCGCCGGGCCUGCCGGGUCUCCCAGGCAAUUUCGGACCCCCACCAAAAUCUGGGCAAUCCUUCAAGUCGAACAAUCGCAUGAGAAGCAAAGAGACUGUGAUCUCCAGGGGCAGCAUGAGAAUGGCGCAAACAUUAAAAGAAAGUCAAGAAAGAGAAUUCUCCAAAAAACUGUCAACGGUUGAGAAUCUUGUGGUUGAGUUGGAGAAGCAGAUGACCACCAAAGAUUACUUUGAGAAAGCUGUUCUGUUUAUGACCAGUCAAAUUGAGCUGUUGACUAAAAGAAUUAAUGCAUUGGAACUUACUGUUGCUAAUGCUGGAUUACGAUUGCCAACAACUGACUUUGAGGAAACUGUGGAAGACAACCUGUACUACUCAACCAUUCCGGUGGGAGAUCCCGAAGAAGCUUUGAUCACUACAGUCUUUCCAAUAGAUCAAACAGUGAAUUCGUUCACCAACGACAGCGUCGCAGAGCUAACGUCCGCGCGGAGCAGCUUGGAUUCAGAGAGCGGGAAUUUCUCAACAUCCGGCUUCUCGUCUGCAGAACAAAGAAGUAACUCUUGGAGCCCUGACGUUAUGGAAGAGGGCGAUUGGUCCACUACAGAACUUAGCAACUUGGUAAAGCACGAGGCAUCCAAUGAGACGCUGGCAGAAGACGUAGACGAAUCUUCAACUCCCAAAGAGCUCAGGCAGGUGACUCUUAAAUAUGGGACGUCUACAUUCAACCCAGACCUAGCGAAACAACCCAGCAGUGGACAUCUAGUAAACAACAUAACAAGCGUCCCUUCCCAAGACUAUGAACCUGAUACUGAACUUAGACAACUGAUGAAGGAGGUCAGUGACUCAGAUGGAGAGCAGUCGGACGACCCGGAAGCUGGAUUCUACUACAGGGGAGGCAACCUCUACACUGACAUGUCUGAAUCCAGUAGCUCCAAGAAGCUUGUCCAAAACUUGUCUAGACCCAAAGCUGAGUUCCUAACCAGCCACAAUUCUGCAAGUGGGACCAGUCAAUUCAGCCAAAUAUUUAUAGUAGUCUUCUUUUCUUACUGUCUUCAGAGAAUGAUUUCAUUUGCUUAGUUCAUAAUACAUUACAUUUUUGUUUGUUAAGAUUUCAUUCACAAAUGUUAACCGUCAAAAUUCUUUGUCAACAAUAAAUGGGGAAGGAGGAGCUUUCCAGAUUUUUUAAAUAAUUGUCUAGACUAAAUUGUUUUUAUUGAUGUUUAAUCAUAAAUUACGUUUAUUUCCCACUAGAUUGCAUUAAUAACAAGAAUUGCUUAGAUGUAUUAGGAGGUUGAUCGAGGCCUGUAGAUUUAGUUGGAGAUUGGCUAGUAGCCUGCAUACUUAAGUUCUAACAGCCAAUGUUUAUUGAGAAAUGCUAGUCUUUCUUUCCAACAGGAAGACAAGGGAAACAAGCCAGAAACUCUCUUCCCAACUGACCCUAAAGGUCAAAUGAUAUGUAUUUAUGGGCCCUCAAGUCAUCCCUGUUGUGUUUGUUUUGAUAACUACAAUUCUACAGUACUGAUACAUACACAAGUUAAUGCUGCCUAAGAUUUCUACAGUACUGAUACAUACACAAGUUAAUGCUGCCUAAGAUUUCUAUAGUACUGAUACAUACACAAGUUAAUGCUGCCUAAGAUUUCUACAGUACUGAUACAUACACAAGUUAAUGCUGCCUAAGAUUUCUAUAGUACUGAUACAUACACAAGUUAAUGCUGCCUAAGAUUUCUACAGUACUGAUACAUACACAAGUUAAUGCUGCCUAAGAUUUCUACAGUACCAGUCCGUGUAUGGCCAUCUUGUAACAACCUAAUGACUUCAUUUUUUGAAUGUUAAAACUGGCUCUUACAAAGGUCUUAAUAUCCUGCUGUCUGAGUUUGACAUUGCCCUUGCCAAUUCAUGUGUACAGUUUUCUAAAAUGUAUGGUUUUUUUUUUAUCCUUUUUCUUUUUUUUUUGUCUUAUUAAAAUAUAUUUUUGUAUUUUAAAAACAAUGUCUUUUUAUCCAUUGCUUAUAAAUGUCAACAAGUAUCCUAUGCAGAAGAGUGGUCAGAACAUGAAACUGUGUAAGAAUGGAUAUUUAAUAAACCUUGAAAAAAGAAAA